CUUCCCUGGCUGAGCAGCUCCGGAUCCUCAUCGCCCAUCCAAAUCCUCCCCGGACAGAGAGCGACUUGGCAAGGCCACCGAGCACGGGUGGGCUCACUGACCUGCUGGGAUCCUGUGGCUCCAGCCCCAACAUCAGAGGAGGGGAUCGGCUGCAGGACCAUUCCCAGCCCAGCCAGCACCCUCCUGGGGUGCAGGACACAGCUCCCCAUCUCUGCUCUGCCCUCCUCCGACCUGCCCUGAGGACGAAGCCAAAGCACAGGCAGCACGAUGUGGGCAGCCCCAGCGGCCAUCUCUCUCUGCCUCCGUUUCUCCGCAGACCUCGUGAAAGCAGCCGUGGUCACCCUGAUCUUCGGAGCUGUUCUGUCUGCCACCGAACAACACGCCGACCUCUCCAGCUCGGUCCUGCGAGGUUUCCAGUGCAUCCCAGCCAGCGACCUGCCUGCUGCCGAUGUCCUCGCCUUUGCCCAGGGUCUGCAAAAUGAAACAGCGGAGCUGAGCGGUGCCCAGCUCUCCUGCCUGGCCAGGCUGCUCGCUGCCAAGAACCUGACGGCCCAUUUCAGCAGGUACCCACCAGACCUGCUGCUCUUCUUCGACUCGGCCGAGGUGCGUGGUGAGACCUGCCAAGAGUUUUACGCCCGGGCUUCCCGUGGGAACCUGGAUCUGCUGCCCAGAGGCUCAUCCCGACGGACGGGGCUGCUGCGCAGGGCACUGACCUGCCUGGGGGUGAGGAGCAGCCGCCUGCACCCCGAGCAGCUCAGCAGCCUCGGGGCGCUGGUGUGUGACAUGGAGCCUGAGACCAUCACAGCCUCAGAUCCUGGCAUCCUGGAGAACCUGAAGCUCUGCCCAGUGCUGACAGAGGCCCAGCAGGAUGCCAUCAACGCUGUGCUCCUUGGAGGGGGCACAGUGUAUGGGGAUCCUUCGAGCUGGGAUUUACGGACUCUGCAAAAUUUGGGGCCGCUCGUGCUGGCUUUGAACCAGACCACGCUGAGCUUGGUGGCUGAGGCAGUGCGGGAGGCUUUUGGCAGGAGCAUCGCAGCCACAUACAGCACCCAGGGACGUUCCCAGAGGGAGAAAUCCCUGACCCUCCUCAGGGCCUUCGCAGCAGCGUCGGCUUCAUCUCACCCCAGGCUGAAGAGGAGCGCAGACAGCUGCCUGUCCGCGCCCGUCACAGCCAGCACCAUCUCUGACUCCCUCUUAGUCCUUGACUACAGCACCAGCGAGCAGCUUGACCUCUGCCUGAGCAAUGAGGUCUUAAAAGCAAACCUGAAGCCUCUGCUGGAUCAGCCGCUCCCCAAGGAGUACCUCCAAGUCAUGAAAAAAAAGCUGGAGCAGCCCCAGACACCUUCCCUGGCUGAGCAGCUCCGGAUCCUCAUCGCCCAUCCAAAUCCUCCCCGGACAGAGAGCGACUUGGCAAGGCCACCGGUGGGAUUUAGGGAACUUAAUGAGACUUAG